AUGGUGGACGGGCUAUGCGAACAGUUCAAAAUCAGACAUCGCAACUCUGCCAUCUACAGACCGCAGAUGAACGGAGCCGUGGAGGCCGCAAACAAGAAUUUGAAGAAGAUCAUUCGCAAGAUGACUGAAAAGCAUCGUGACUGGCAUGAAAAACUUCCUUACGCACUAAUGGCGUAUCGGACUUCUAUCCGAAUAUCAACUAGAGCAACACCCUACUCGCUCAAGUAUGGAAUGGAAGCUGUGCUACCUGCCGAGGUCGAAAUCCCCUCAUUGCGUAUUCUAAUGGAAACCAAGUUGGAAGAGGCUGAUUGGAUAAAGCAGCGUCAUGAGCAACUAUCUUUGAUUGAUGAAAAACGGCUUAAUGCUAUUUGUCACGGUCAAUGUUACCAAAAACGUAUGGCCCGGGCCUAUAACAAGAAGGUCCAUUUGCGUACAUUUGAGGAAGGCGACAAAGUGCUGAAAUGGAUUUUGCCAGUGCAAGAUGAGGCCAAAGGCAAAUUUGCUCCGAAUUGGCAAGGGCUAUUCAUUGUUUAA